UUUAGGAUUUGCCUCAUGUCGGCGUGUCGAAUGGCCGUGUCGGAUCCGUGUCCGUGCUACAUAGAUAGCGGGUAUCUAAUACCGUUUUCCUCCUAAUGUGUUUUCCCCUUAAAUUUGUAGUCGUAUUUGGAACGAGACGUGGCUAGCAUGCUUCUUUUACAAACCUUGCAACUAUGAGUUAUUUGUAAAACAAUCACUCAACAUGGAGAUGGCUACUGUUAUGGCACGGGUAUGGCGCAUUUGGCCAUUUUAUCAUAACUAGAAUUACUUUUUUCAAUUGUGUUGUUGGCUAACCUUAACCUUGCAGUGAGCUUCUUGUUUCUAUUUUCUUUGUCAUUGCAUCUCUCUUAAAAGAGUUUCUUUGAGACAUUGUUUUAAAUUCAUAGAAAUUGCAAUUGCAUAAUUUUUUUUAAUUUAAUGGCAAUUGCAUAAGUUUUAUAAACACUUAUACGAAACUUUAAUUUUUGUAGUAUUUUGUGAUUGGACAGAAAAUAUAGAAACAAUAAGUAUUUUUUGUUUGUGUAUUAUGCUGGCAUGGAUUGGAUCAUCCAUCUAGAUACUGAUGAAUUGAUGCAUCUAGUUGGGGCUCUAGAAUAUUCUUUAAGGAGGUUGCUUGCAGAUGUACCUAGCAAUGUUGACUUGGUUAUCUUUCCAAACUAUGAAAGUAGCAUUGAGCGAGAUGACGUAAUAGAUCCUUUCAGUGAGGCGAUUCUCAAACUAAGCUUAGGACAGCACGGGGAUGUAACUAUUCCUAUUCCAUCACCGUCUAUAAACAAAAAAAUGUGUAGAAGAAAGAACAGAGGAAGCACCAAGGAACGGGAAUGUGAACUGGGAGGUCAAAUCCAAAGUAUUCAGUAA